CCGGGAAGGCCCAGCGGCGGAGGGAUCUGCUGCCGGCCUGGCCAUGCUUGGGGGCACAGAGCGUCUGCUCUGGCUCCUGCUUCUGUUGCUGCUGCCGCCCCCGAGUGCGUGGGGAUACGGCGACCAGGCGAGGCCGAGGAAGGGGACCGAGGAGGCGGGCUCGGCCAGGGCUUGGCUGGCCUUUCAGGGCCUGCGGGAGCGACUGAGGGCGGCCGGCGCGCUUUCCAGACACUACUGGACUCGCUUCAGCUGCCGCGUUUGGCCUCAGGACUGUGGGGAGGAUGAGGGGCCGUCGGCGCGGUCCCCGGGCUGGAGCCUUGCCCUGCUGGGCCAGCAGUACCUGGAUAUCUUGAGCACGUGGUCCUGCAGCUUGUGGGACUGCUGCGACAGAGGGGACUGCAGGAUCAUCAACAACUUCACAGGCCUCGAGGCGGACCUGCGCGUGCGCCUGCAUGGCCAGCACCUGGCCCGGGAUCUGGUCCUGACAGCGGUGAGGGGCUACUUAGAGAUGCCCCGGCCAGACAAGGCCCUGGCUCUGUCGUUCCACGGCUGGUCUGGCACAGGCAAGAACUUCGUGGCACGGAUGCUGGCGGAAAACCUGUACCAGGACGGGCUGAGGAGCAACUGUGUCAAGAUGUUCAUCUCCACGUUGCACUUCCCUCACCUCAAGAAUGUGGACCUAUACGAGGAGAAGCUGACGGACCAGAUCAGGAGGAUGCAGGAGCACUGUCGCCAGACCCUGUUCAUUUUAGACGAGGCUGAGAAGCUGCACCCAGGACUGCUGGAGGCCCUCAGGCCACACCUGGAACGCCAGGCCCCCAGCAACCACAGAGCCGCGUCCAAGAGAACCAUCUUUCUUUUUCUCAGUAACCUUGGGGGCAAUAUCAUCAAUGAGGUGGUCCUGAACCUGCUUAAGGCUGGGCAGUCCCGGGAAGAAAUCAGGAUGGAACACUUAGAGUCCCGCCUCCAAGCUGAGAUUGCGGCAUCCACAGACAGUGGCUUUGGGCACAGCCGUCUUGUGAAGGAAAACCUGAUUGACCUCUUCAUCCCCUUCCUGCCACUGGAGUUCCGUCACGUGAGGCUGUGCGCACGCGAUGCUCUCCUGAGCCAGGACCUCCUGUAUACGGAAGAGGCCCUCGACGAAAUUGCUAGGAUGAUGGUGUACAUCCCCACGGAGGAACAGCUCUUCUCAUCUCAGGGAUGCAAAUCUAUUUCCCAGAGAAUUAGCUAUGUCCUGCCUGAGGGCUAGAUGAAAACUUCCCGAAGCUGCCUUCCUUCCCCCAAUGGACCCUGGGCUGUCGUGGCAGCACACUGUCCAGGACAUAACGGGUUGGAAGGGCGGGCUGGCAGCCAGCAGUCACAAGCACACGAGCGGUGGCCUUAGAUCAGAGACAGAGCCAAUGCUUAAAAUCACUUGGUGCCUUAAAGAGCCACAUUCCGAAAUGUGAGCCAGCUGGUUGGGGAAGGUCAUGCGGGAGAGACAUCCCAAGGACUUAUUAGCAUCUGCCCGCAGAUCCCUGGCUUUGGUGUUGGGCCUGAGGCUGCAGUAUGCUCGGUUACAGAGAAGGGAAAGACGAACUUCUGCUUACCAGUGGCAGGGGCUGACCUCACAUUUGCAGGCUGGGUGGGUGAGCUUUCAAGUUGUUAUUCCUAGAGGGAGGCUGAGCAGCUUCUAUCUGUGAGCUCAGGCAAGAGCUUCAGGCUAAAGGGCACAGAGGAAGUUUGUUUUUUUUAAUCAGUAUAGGUGAAUUCUUCUGCUCUGCAGAUUUUUAAGAUUUAAAUUAGUGAACUUAACAUAUGUAAAAAUUAAAAUUUUGUAUUUUUUUCUAAAACCCUCGGCUUACUUACCUUCUUACUAAGCCCUAGUAAUCAUGCUCCCAGAGCAAAAUUCCACACACCAGGUGGUAUGGGUGGGGACUGGUGGAGAUGGGGUGUGUGCUGGCACUGAGCUGACUGGGGGUCACCUGCUCUGCCAAUUUACCUCCGUUUGCUUCGGGCCCACAUCAACUGAGCCAGGCUAUUUCCACCUCUUAGUGAAGAGGCCUCCACAGCAUCUUGCCCUUAUAUAUGGAAACAGCACUCCUAUGCUCCCAGCUUUAAAGUCAUCCUGGAGGACUGAAUGGCCACAUGCAGAUGUGGGCACUGUGCCUCUGGAUACACAGGAGGUGCUCGCCGUUUUGCCCCUUCCCUUGGUUCUUCCCUUCUGCCACACUUGUGGAAUCACACACGGCCCUGCUUUCGCGUCCUCCCCGCAGGUGGUCCUUUUAUUUACAGUCCACCCCGCCCUCUCACCGGCAGUGCUAGUAAAAGGUAGACGCUUCCGCUUCUCUCCCGUUUCACCAUUCAUUCAUUCACUCCACAGCUGCCCGCGCCACAUCAGAUACCCAGUCAAUACGCAAGAGAAUGAAAGGAGCUUAGUUUCGCACCACCCAUGAGACGGAAGUAAACUUGGCCCAACUGCAGAAUGAAAUGGGGGUCAGUCUUAGGUGCCUGUCUCAGUCUAGAGCAUCUCGGGAACAGUCUGCAGCCCCCCAGUCCUGUAACAUACCUGGAUCUAAACUGUAGAGAGACACUUUAAAAGGUACGUUGUACAGCUUUAGGUCUCAGAGCCACGGGACAGCUGACUUGCUUACAGCACAGGUCAGCCAUAUCUGACGUCAUAAAUUCUGGGUCUGAACCUCAUACCUCGAGACCAGAACGAGCAGCAGACUACAGUAAUUGCAGACACUCCUCUGGGGCCAGAAACGGCUCAGCUACUUACCGCCCGCUGGUGAGACCACAGGAAAGCUGCUAACUUCAGUUUAACCUUGGUAAUGACUGUGCUUACCUCACAGGGCUGUGAGAAUUCAGUGAGUUAGUAUUUAUCAAGUACUCAGGACACAGAAGGUUGGCACCAUACUCAAAGCCCAGGAAGGGCCUUUCCCUCCAUUCUCUCAGACCCCUGGUUUGAGGUAACGUAACGUUUGCAAACACGUCAUGUGCCACAUGCACUGCCUAACCUCAUGUAAUUCUUAAUGCUGCGGAUUAAACUUUAGGGGUCAGUGUAAUCACCAUUCAAUGACUGAGAAAACUGGGGCUCUGAGAGGUUUAAUCAUCUUUACAGAACUCAUCAGUGGAGAAAUGGGAUUCAACUCAGGCAGUCCAACUCCAAUGCUUUAAUGACUUGUUUCUAAAAUGAUUUUUUUUUUUUUUUUUUGGUGAAUGCUAUAGCCUUGGGUUUGGAAAGUAUUGCAAGCAAUACAGAGAAGGAGAAGAUAACAAUGGGAGGUUCUCCUCAGAAAAAUCUGAAACAAGAAUUCCUAAAGUAAAACUGUGUGGGAGAAAAGGAGACAGUGGAGGGUACGAGGUGUAUAAACUGACGCUUAACAGGGUCGAGGAGGAAGUUUUCCUUCUUCCCUUGCUACAGUCUUGCUGGCCUAGUAACUGACAUAAGAUUAAGA